GUUGAAUAUGAUUUAACUACACUGUACAGUAACUGAACCAACUCCAUACACAUCCAUGUUUAUCUUUCUUUCUCUGACUUUAUAGUGCAAUCAUAAAUGGAUCGGUUUUAAUGCAUGAAGCCAUAUAAAGAGGUGCAGCACAAGAAAGACUUUUACUUCAGCUGCAGUAUCGACUCUCUACGCUUAAACCCGAACAUGGCAAGCAAACAUUCCAGCUAUGAAGCUAUUCUACGAAAUGAUGAGGAGCUGAGGAUUGUGAUGGUGGGGAAGACUGGAAUUGGGAAGAGUGCCACAGGAAACACCAUUCUUGGGCAUAACUGCUUUGAAUCAAAGUUCAGCGCCACGUCUAUGACUGAUGAGUGCUUUAAGGCCAAAGCUAAAGUGGAUGGACAAAAGGUUGCUGUUAUUGACACCCCAGGUCUCUUUGACACCAGGUGGGCCCAGGAUAAAACACAUAAAGACAUAGGCCAGUGCAUCUCCUAUUCUUCGCCUGGACCCCAUGUCUUCCUGGUUGUCGUCAGGCUGGGCAGAUUCACAGAAGAGGAAAAACAGUCAGUGCAGAAGAUCCAAGAAAUCUUUGGCCAGGAUGCAGACAAAUACAGCAUGGUUCUCUUUACUCAUGGCGACCUUCUUAAAAACACCACUAUUGAGGAGUUUUUGAAGGACAGCCCAGACCUGCAGGAACUUGUGGCCAGGUGCAAUGGUCAGUACCAUGUCUUUAAUAAUGAGCUGGAGAAUCGCUUGCAGGUCACUGAGCUGCUUAAGAAGAUCAGAACCAUAGUCCAGACGAACGGAGGAAGCCACUACACCAAUGAAAUGUACCAAGAGGCAGAAAGGGCAAUCGAAGAGGAGAAACAACGCAUACUGAAAGAGAAAAAGGAGCAAAUAUGCAAAGAGAAAGAAGAACUGGAGAAGAAACUACAAGCAGAAUAUGAAGAAAAGCUUCAAAAUGUAAUGGAGAAAUUACGGGCUGAAAGUGAGGAAGAAAAAAAUAGUAAAGUAGAGAUGGAGAGAACAACAGAGUUGAAAAGAGGCAAGGAGAUUAAAGGGGAUGAGGAACAGAGAGCCAAUGAGGGAACAGAGGGGGGGGGGAAGGAAAAGGAAAAGAAAGAGGAGCGUAAGAGAGAAGAGAAAAGAAAGAGGGAGAAGGAACAGAGGGAGAAGGAAAUAAGGGGAAAGAAAGACAAAGAGUUGAAGAAGGAACAGGAGAAGAUUUUAAAGGAACAGCAAAAUGAACAGAACAAGCUGGAUGAAAAAAUUGAACUUGAGGUCAGAGAAGAACAUACCUUAGUAAGCUUCAUCUCCGAGUUGCUGUCUGUGGCUGCUACAUCCUCCAGCGCUGUGCCAGAUGAUCCCGCCGCGGGGGAGAGAACCCAGCCAGUCACUCAUCAAGGCUACACCAAGGCGUUCAAAGCAUGA